AAUUGUCACCACUGCAACUGAAUUGCCAAGUGACGACCAUCGUGCCACAGACAUGUUUGGAGUGUUGUGCAUUCCUGAAUCCGUAGUGGAAAUUCUCCGUUUCUAUGUAGUGAUCAGUCUACUUAGCUCAAUUACUGUGGACUUUUCACAAAGCAUCACACAAUUCAUUGAACCAGGAAUGGAGAUGGUGAUCUGGUGCUGGCAUCGAAAUGUACAGCCUGUUUUAUCAGUCCACUGCUGGAUGAGGGCCUCCCCACAAUGUGGGUUGUGGGGGGUUAGUGUGACUACUUCAUGCUGGUAGCACGUGGGAAAUAAGUACCUGGAGAAAAUCCACCGCAUAUAAGGGAGGAAAACAUUCCUGCAUAGAUGGAGUAAAAAAAAACUUGCUUUUCUGCCACCUCAGCCAAAACCUACACCUGGUACUCCUAAAAAAUAUAUGCUAAAUACACUUUAUUUUUCGAUUUAAAGCUUUCGUGACUGCAAUUAUUCAUCUUCUUUGGUUCUUUCGGUAAAGUCACGUAGAAUGAGAAUAAAAUACCAGGUAAGGCCCACUGAGAUGUAUAGCUCUUUCAAAAGAGGCCUGGCCACCGUUGGUUCAACGAAGUGGCUUAUGUGGAAAAUUAUAGCAGCCAAAUACGCUAAAUGCAUGUCUCUAAACGUUCAGGGAAAAACCAGAGUACCAGGAGAAAAAUCCACAUGACCACGGGGAGAACAUGCAAUCUCCAAAUAUACAGGUGUCGGGGUCAGGAUCAAACCCACGACCUCCUGCAUACCAGGCAAGGCAAUUAAUAUAUCUCUACCGUGGGGCCGAACCUAGUUCAGGGGUCGGCAACCUGCAGCUUCAGAGCCGCAUGGGGCUCUCAGGAAUGCUUCGUGACGCUAUGAAUGAAAGGACCGUCUUGUAUUCGCAUGCAUUGCGCUUCUUGAAAUAUCGAGGGGUUUUUUGACCGAAUUUGAAUAUAAUAGCUCUAUGUUGGUUAGCGUUUUUUGAUCCUCGCUUAGUUUCUGAGAUUCGUUAAAAGUAAAAAAUGCACACUUUUAUGUGCUGAAUAAAAGUGGGUGGCUUGCAUAAAGAAAUUGAAACAUCGAAAGGAAGCCGCCCACUUUCAUUCAGCGUAUCAAAUCAAGAUAGUAUAAAAUUUGUUUAAUCGUGGGCUCAAAAUAAGUUAUUUUCCACUUUCGAGUGGAAAUAAAAGUGCGUGCAUUGAAAACGUUUUACCUUUUUUACCGUGAAAACUAUCGUAACUAACUGAUAUUUUUUUAAUCAAGCGGUGGAAAUUCCAGUCUCGUGGUUCAACCGUUGAACUUAGUCUUGGUUCUUUCGGUAAAGUCACGUAGAAGGGAAACAAUAAAAUAAUACAAAUAUAAAACAAUAAAAUUAUCACGACGUUUCGACUGCAACACAAGCAAUCAAACCAAUUUCCCUGCCAGCCAAUAGGAGCGAGAAGGCGGUGGUGAGUAGUGGGGGGGGGGGGCGUGAUGACGCGGUCACGUGGUCGUAUAUAAGGUGAUGUCACCCCGGUCCCGUGGCAGAGCAACAGGAAGCGUCAGCAGCGCAGCGUCAACAGUAGCAGCUGCUGCUGCUGCUGCUGCACUGGUGACGGUGGUGACGGUGGUGGUGGUGGCCAAGGAGGAGUUGCGACAGCAGAAGCUUUGACGGCCCCCACCAACCGACGAUCAGCAAGAUGGGCGGGCGACGUGGCUCGGACACGGAGCGCCGGCGCAUCGUGGGUCCCGGCUCGAGCGAGAGCAACCUCGGCGGCGAUGGCGCCGAGCCCGCCGGCACCGGCCCCCCCACGCCGACCUUCAUCUUCGUGCUGUGCGCCUUCUCGGCCAUCGGCGGCUUCCUGUUCGGCUACGACACGGGCGUGGUGUCGGGUGCCAUGCUGCUGCUGAAGCGCCGCUACGCGCUGAACGCCGCGUGGCAGGCGGCCCUCGUGUCGGCGGCCGUUGGCGCCGCGGCGCUGCUGGCGCUGCUCGGGGGCUGGGUGGCGGACUGCGCGGGCCGGCGCCCCGUCGUGCUGGCCGCGUCGACGCUCUUCGCGGUGGGGUCGCUCGCGCUCGGGCUCGCGCAGGGCCCCGUGGUGCUGCUGGUGGGGCGCGUGAUCGUCGGAUGUGGCAUCGGCCUGGCCUCCAUGGGGGUGCCCAUGUACAUCGCCGAGGCUUCCCCCCCACACCUGCGGGGCCGCCUCGUCACCAUCAACGCGCUCUUCGUCACCGGCGGGCAGUUCUGCGCCAGCGUGAUCGACGGCGCCUUCAGCUACCUACAGCACGACGGAUGGAGGUACAUGCUGGGCCUGGCGGGAGUGCCGGCCGUCGUCCAGUUUGUGGGCUUCCUCUUCCUGCCCGAGUCUCCUCGCUGGCUGGCGCGGAGCGGCCACACGCAGCACGCGCGCCGCGUCCUCUGCCGCAUGCGCGGCACGCAGAACAUCGACGAGGAGUUCGACCGCAUCCAGGCGAGCAUCACCGCUGAGGAGGAGGACGAUGGCAGCAGGGAGGGAGACCUGACGGUACACCAGCCUCGCUCGCGAAAAGGCUGGGUGCUGUGGAAGAUGAUAAAGCACCCUCCUACGCGGCGAGCACUCAUCGUUGGCUGCGGUUUGCAGAUGUUCCAGCAGCUAGCCGGCAUCAACACAGUGAUGUACUACAGCGCCACCAUCCUGCAGAUGGCCGGCGUGGCGGACGAUUCCACCGCCAUCUGGCUCGCGUCCGCCACGGCCUUCACCAACUUCAUCUUCUCGGCGCUCGGCGUGUGGCUGGUGGAGCGCGUGGGUCGCAGGCAGCUCAGCCUCAUCAGCAUGGCAGGCACCACGCUGAGCCUCGCCCUCCUGGGCUGCGCCUUCCUCCUCGCGUCCCAGACGUCGCCCCCCGUGAUUCUGCACCCCCACGACCCAGCAGUCACCAACUCUUCAUGCAUGGCGUACAGCGUGUGUGAGACGUGCAUGCUGGACCCCUACUGUGGCUUCUGCUUCGGGAUGAACGGAUCGCACGUGGACAAAUCCUCCUGCCUCCCCGCCGACCCCGACAACACGGACCAGGCCACCUGGGGCAGGUGCAGCAGCACGAACGCAACACAGCGGGCGGGCCUCUCCUGGGCCUACAACUACUGCCCCACGCCCUACUCGUGGCUCGCGCUGCUCGGACUCAUCCUCUACCUCAUGUGCUUUGCCCCCGGCAUGGGCUCCACGCCGUGGACCGUCAACUCGGAGAUCUACCCGCUGUGGGCGCGCAGCACGGGCAACUCCAUGUCGGCCACCGUCAACUGGGUGUGCAACCUGGCCGUGUCGCUCACCUUCCUGCAGUUGGCGCAGAGCCUCACGUACUACGGCGUCUUCUUCAUGUACACGGGCCUGGGUCUGCUGGGCGUGCUGUUCAUCGCGGCGUGCGUGCCGGAGACGCGCGGGCGUACCCUGGAGGAGAUGGAGGCGCUGUUCGCGGGCGCGGAGUCGUGCGUCUGGUGGCCCGGCCGCUCUGGCGCCGGCUCCGCCCCGCAGCAGCAAGGUGACGUUGGCUGGCCCCACGAUGUUUCCUGAUCAAUGUUCACGGACCGGGCGAUGUAUCGCACGGGGCCACAAUGGUAUGUGCACUCACAAUGUCCGUAACGGUGGUGGUGCUGGUGGUGGUGGUGGCGGUGGUGGCGGCGGCAAGUAUAUUGCAUGAGCUCGUUCAUUCGGUCGUUAGAUUAUUUAAAGUAUAAAUUUGCGUCUGAUUUCACAAUGUGGAUCAAGUAUCUGAAAAAAUCGGGGUCGAUCGCAGGGUUUCUCCAACUCCAAUCCUCGCAACCCACCCCCAUUGUCUUUCCGCGUUUAUCAAGUUACUCAUCCCAUUCAAAUUAACUUGUACCCAUGCUGAAAGCGACCGAGGAUUGUUAAACACGACCCACGUGACACGCGCUAAGCAGUUACAUUGAGAUGUGUGUGCGGUGUACACGUGUUCCACGUGUGCGUGUACACGUGUUCCACGUGUGCGUGUACACGUGUUCCACGUGUGCGUGUACACGGGUUCCACGUGUGCGUGUACACGGGUUCCACGUGUGCGUGUACACGGGUUCCACGUGUGCGUGUACACGGGUUCCACGUGUGCGUGUACACGGGUUCCGUGCGUGCGGGUCUGCACGUGUAACACGUGACGCAGACAGCGUUCAUUGCUUAGCGCGUCACCUGGGACGUACUUAACGAUCAUCAGGUGCGUGCGGUGUAGAACGAGUUCAUUUGGAUGGGAGGAGUAAAUUGGUGAACGCGGAAAGACGGAGCGUAGUGAGGGGUCGCGAGGACUGGAGUUUGUGAAACUCUGUCCUAUCGUGUUCAUGUGAAACGUUAUUCUGGAAAGAAAGUUGAUCAAUUUGAAUGCACAGUUCCUAAAACCGGUGUGGUUCGUAUGAUUGCCACGUGGUUUUACACCAUGUACGCCAAAACCUUGCCCAUCGCGGGGUGGGGGGGGGUUACAUUAUUCGAAAUGUCCGCAAUCGGAAAACCCACGAUCCGCACACUUUAAAGGCCAAUUGAGAAAAUAUGGUUUGGUGCACGGUUUGUGCUACAACACACGCUCCUUUCCAAUUAUAAACAUGAAACGAGAAGUAUUUUUAAUGUAAUUUAUGAUUAAUACUUUCUUGAGUGCUAAAUAUAAUUUGUACAGUAAAAUUUACAGAAUUAUACUAAUUAAUUUAGUGUGCAGCACUGUACUGUACACACGAAAAAAUGUACCUGAAAAUAAAUCUAAGAGUUCAUGACAUGUGCAGUAAAUGUGCAAUACAAAAAAUUAGGAAGUACUUUUGCUUGCUAUUGAUGAUGAUGGCAUGUGUAUUCUUCUACGACAGCAUCAUUGCGAGCAGUUAUCAAGUACUUCUUUACGAUGCAUAAUGUACCCUCGAUAAAUUUUGGCCCGAAAGGUAAAAUCCGCGAUGGGAAAACACGUGAUGAGCAAAGUUUGAGUGUAUUAUGUUACCAGUUGCUUUACCAUACUUCGAUGCCAGGUUAGUACCCCCCCCUCCUCCCUAAGCCCCCCAUUUUGACAAACCCUGACUGACCAGCAUGGUGAAGUAUGGCCAAACAACUCCCCAAGACCCACAUGGCAUGGGGAUGUCCCUCCAGCAUUGCGUUGACGAACGGCCGCACAUGUACACGUGUACAUGCACACGUGUACAUGUGCAUUUCAAGUGGUGGUUCAUUGUGCUCACACGGGCAUCGGUGAUAUGGCCUGUCUCCCCAUACCAGCCAGCUCCAACCUCCCAUACAGAUUAAUUGGCGUGCAUCUAAAUUUUCUGCGGUCGCUGGGUUCAUGAAUAAAAGCAUUUGUGUAUCUGUGGUGGAAUUGUACGCAACAGCCUGGCACUAACCACUGCUUGCAAAAUCGUAAUUGACAAAAAACCCAUUUGAAACGGUCACUCGACACCAGCGUCGUCAGCGACUGCCACCAUCGUCCGAUUUCCUCCUUUCUAUCACGCAUUGCACACAUUCAGUGAUCCAGCAAUUGCGAAAAAGAUUACAAAUUACGAACAAGCGAGGCAACCCAGUCCAUAGAGAGAGCCUCCAUUGUAUUUUUCGGUUAACCAUUUUCGCAGAUACUUAGAAUAAUUCUACAUGUUGACAGCAUUGUUAUGCGGUGUACAUUUUUUAUGCAUAUGUGAAAAUGUGCGCUGGAUUUACUGUUUAUAAAUGCAUCGGUUUAAUGUUGCACGUUGUGGGUUAAUGCAUUGUAUUUUUCUGUUUUAAAAGAACAUGGGAUCUGCGGCUUCCACGGAUGUUUUAUUGAUGGAUGAGCCGAGUUGGCUGCCAGGGUCGGGAUGGAAUAAGUGCCAGCUCUUCUGCUCGUAUGAUGUGGUGUGAUGUGGUGUCAUGUCUGUCGGCUUCUGCCAAUUGACCUCAUGAAUCCAGGUUUGAUUCCUGGACGUAGCACCGACAAAAGUCUUCACACUCCGGCUCUAAAUCACCGGUGGAAAUUCACCAUUCCUAUGCCAGAAUCAAGUAUUUCCUUGGAACAACCAUUAUUGAUUCCCCACAGUGGUAUUGUUUUUCAAAUCCCUGUGAAGAUGAUGAGCUGAGGCUACCCACGACCUGUGUAACGUUCUGACCCACCCCUAUUGAACAUCUCCAGUAUAUUCUGAACUCUCAACCUUGCCUCUUUUAACUGGUGAUGGUAAUGCCCAUCACCAGCUAAAAUAGCAAAAAUAGCCAUGUGCUUGGACCUACGCUUGAGUGGCUCAGCCAAAAAAUGCACUAUUGAGUUCUCUGCGUGUGCGGUGUUGGCGCUAUGGUCAUGAAGAUCAGCACUGUUGAGACGAAGGUGGUCGGGCGUGCGUGCGUGGUGACGACCGCCCUAUCCCCGCAGCGUUGUGUCCACGCCAGCCUUAAUAAGUGCUCUGCUAAUGGCACUGGCCCCGACUGUCCACGGUUAUCGUCGAUCUUUGUGUGUGCUUACUACAUAAGAGUGGCGGCGCAGUGAUUAGCAAGCACUCUGUGCUACAAUUCCAGCAAACCGGGAUUGAUUCCUGGACAUUGAUUCCUGUAUCUAUAUUGCCAGUGACAAUUGCUGUUAUCUGAAUCUGGCCGUGCCUCCCUUGUUGUGAACUCAGCGUAAAACAGUGAUCUCCUUUAUUUAAGCACGAGAUGAAAUAAUGGCCCCUUAAAAUAAAUGAUACUUUUCCUCUUUCUUUCAACGGCGGCGUGGGUAUAACGGCGUAGGCGUGAAUAGCAAACACUGGGGAGACACGGGCGGCCAGGCAUCUAUGGUGCAGGCCUCUGUUACCUGCCAGGCUUAAUAGGUUCUUGGCAACUGCUCCUGUUGUGUGCUAUAGUGGGGGGUGGGAGUGUAAUGAACAGUUCAUUCAGUGCUUGGUCCGUCUGUCUCUUAAUUUUUUUUUUAAUAACCUUUGCACUUUUUUUGAUCCUGACUUUCUCAUUAACAACUGUGCCAAAAAACAUUGUCCACAACCAUCGAUGGGUAAUACUUAGCUGUUUAUAAAUGUAUAUUUUUUAAGGUACACGUUCAAUGGCAGUGUAUAUGUGUGUGGGUACGCGUGGUGUUUUGGCGACGGCCAGGGUUCACAAAUGUCUCUCUGAUCACAUUGAUCCGGAUUACAAUCCAGACGAUGCACUUCCGGCAAUUGGAAUGCUACCGUGGCAUCGGCCUCCUCCCCCUAGGUUCACUCAGCCUGAUACAAGCAUCUGGCACAAUGCAUUGCGGAGGCAAACGCGGCUGUGUGUGUGUGCGUGGUGCUGAUUACACCACCACGUGUCGUAUGCAGUGCCGGCAUGAAUAGGCGCUCGCUAACAGCACUCGUUAUAAGACCCUUUGGCUAAUUAGACCUCUAUGUAUGUGUGUUUUAAAAAUAUUUUAGGGCAUUAGGCACAUAAAUUUGUCUGAGACAUAUGGUGACGGGCGGUAAAAACUUUUGGGAGCAAACGUAUUAGGCUUGUUUUGAAGCACCGUCUUAAAUAUGAAUCGUGUACGUGAUUAAGUGUAUUGAUGUUUGCUGUGGCUAUAUUGGAAAAUACACUUAACGACUAUGUAUAUUGUACUUUUAAUAUGCGGUCGCAGGCCCAUGUUUCAAAUAUAUAUGUGUAGAGGUCUCCAGAUCGGAGCGGCAAUUUUCUUCAGUGAAAGAUGAAUGUGCUCUUAAACUAACGUACGGAUUUAUCUUAAGAUGCCAUCAAGCGUUUUACUGUAAUUUAAUUUGUACUUUUUUAACGUAGACUUUCAGUUGAGUUUUAAUUUCAGUUUGGUGUCCGUGGACGGCCAACUCGAGUUGACCCAAGUGCGCCCGAGUUCGUCCAAUUUCUCCCAGAAGUUUGAGUUGAUGGGCAAUGCAAGUUGGGUACAGCAAGAAGUGUGGCGUCCGUGAUUGGCCUAGUCCCCCACUGGAGCUAGCCACGUGACGGUGGGCGGCGGGCCACGACUCCCGGGUACAACAUUGCAAUGUCCCCGUGCCCAUCUUCGCUUUUGAUUUCUAACAUGUUCGGUGAUGGAUUUCGGCCCCGGACCAAACGUCGAUGUUGGGGAAUGCAGGCCGGAUCGUAAAGCGAAAUCGGCAAAAUAAUUAAUUAAUUGUUGCGUAUGUAUUUUUUUGGGGGGGGGGGGUUAGGCCACAUAAUAAUCUGGCUGAGUGUGUCAUAAGACCCUCCACCACCCGACGUAGCCAAACAUUAAAUUGUCACGUGGUGCAAGCGUUCUAACGUGCCACUUAAUAAUUGUUUCAGCUCUUCAUUCACCUGAAUAACAAUUCUCAAAACCAAAUUUGGCAAUUAAAUACAAACUAUUUGUAAUUUAACGAAACACUGUUUGGUGACCACUUGCAUCCUCGUACCCCACGUAACCACCGCCGUUGUGAUUGAUUUGGCCCACGUACUCGAUGGAGAUGGAGUAUGUACCUCUUGGGGUUCACGUACGGCAGGUUGGGAACCACGCUGCCUUAGGACAGAGGUUUGUGUCUGAACCAAGCAACAUUAAACAUAAAACAAAACGGGAGAUAUUUUGGGGGUUCUACGGUUGCGUUGGUGAAAUAACUUUCAGUUUGCACACUUUUGCGAUUGGGCACGCAUGCCUGACAACUUGGGAUGGGAGAGCCAAAGUCAAAUUAACGUUUAACAAAACAUUUGCACAAAUUGAAUCGUUUCACAGGUGGUGGAAUGCCCCGUCAUGGACGUGUUCUCUAAAAGACCUGGGUUGGAAUCAUCUGGCAUCUCUCUGCCAAAGAGACAAUCCCAUAGCCUUGUUUACAUGAGUGAAGAUGUUUUGCUGUCCCGGGUACGGGUGCUUUGAUUUCUUAUUUGAAAUAUUACUCGUCCCAAAAAAUGUUAAGCAAUGUGUUCAUGAUGUCUUAAUGUACUAAUUACCGAGGUGUCGAACCUAUUAUACCGUGAUGUAUGCUGUGAUUUGGGACAAAUGUGAUGUGCAAAUAAAUGACCAAUAUCUUACAUUGGAA